AUGCCAUCAGCUUGGCCAACCUGGGUCCUGGAGGACCUAUCUCUUGCCCCAGAACCCCGAAACAUAUCCGCCGACCCGGAAACGCGCCUAGACGUGGAUUGCAUGAUCUUGGAUUACCUCGGCUGUCGUGCCAUCUAUGAAACACUUGCACUCAUUGAGAAACAACUACGGAAUGAAGAUUAUACCCAGGAUGAGGAGGAGGUCAAUUGGCAAGUUGAUACAGUGAGAGGUAAGGAGAGAUGGACUCGAUCGCAGGAUGUCGCUCUGCCUGAUACUCAUCUCCCCGAAGACCUUGAUAUCAAAUUCCGAAUCCUGAGCCUAGCGGAUCACCUUCGACGUGUCGGUAUCCGAUCUGAAGACUCAGACCAAAACCGCCCGUCAAUAUCACAAUUUGGAUUGGAAUUCAGGGAUCUGUGUCUUACUGCGAUCGCCAGAAUCUGCGAGCUACGAUGGUUCGAUACGACUGCUCGACUCAUCAUUCAGGCAUUACUCGAUGAUAAGCGCCGAGGACACCAGCAGUUUUCGCAGGAAACAUUAAACCUUUACUCGUGGACCCCCGGAGACCCAGAGCGAGACGCAGUUUGGUCGAAAGUCAGAUACAGUUACCUCAGUGAUUUGGAUAUCCGGGUGGAAUUUCCGGAGCAGUUAUUCGCUGACAAUUAUUCGAUUGAGGAGUUUAAGGACGUUUCAAUGACCUUUUUACGUGAUCUUAUGAUGGUCAUGGAUGAACCUGUUCUGCUGCAGCUUGAGCGAGGGAAACUUUGGGAUUUGACUCCCGAGGAAACACAAGAUUUGAAGACUCGAUGUGGGCUGAGAUGA